CGCUGCCUGCCGGAGAGCGGCGACUUCCAGUGGAGAGAUGGCGGCCACCGCGGGCAGAUCGCUGCUGCUCGUCCUCUCCAGGACUCCCGGCGGCGGAGCUGGCGGAGGCGGCGGAGGACCGGCGUUGACCGCCGCCGGUUGCUUCUUGGGACUGGAGAGGCGCCGGCAGCAACACCAGCAGAGGCACAGGACGGCGCACCAAAGAUUUCCUCCUUUGCAGAUGAUGGGAGCUGUCUAUUGCAGUACUGUAGUGCCCUCUAAUGACGUUACAGUGAUUUACCAAAAUGGGCUACCAGUGAUAUCCUUGAGUCUUCCUUCUCGGCGUGAACGCUGCCAGUUUACACUUAAACCUCUCUCAGACUCCGUCGGAAUAUUCUUACAACAACUCCAGGCAGAAGACCGGGGAAUCGACCGAGUUGCAAUUUAUUCACCAGAUGGGACACGAGUAGCAGCUUCCACAAGCAUAGAUCUCCUACUUCUUGACGAGUUCAAACUAGUAAUUAAUGACUUGAGUUACCACGUCCGUCCACCAAAGAGAGAUCUCUUAAGCCACGAAGAUGCCACCACGUUGAAUGAUGUGAAGACUUUGGUUCAGCAGCUCUAUACCACACUGUGUAUUGAAGAACACCAGCUGAAAAAGGAGAAGGAAUUGAUUGGGAGGUUAGAAGACCUCAAGCAGCAAUUGGCACCCAUGGAAAAAGUCAGGAUGGAACUUUGCAGAAAAGCAGAGAGGAGGACAACCUGGCUACUGUGGGGUGGGCUGGCUUACAUGGCAACCCAGUUUGGAAUCUUGGCUCGGCUCACCUGGUGGGAAUAUUCUUGGGACAUUAUGGAGCCAGUCACCUACUUCAUCACAUAUGGCAGUGCCAUGGCAAUGUAUGCAUACUUCGUAGUAACGCGUCAGGAAUAUGUAUAUCCAGAUGCUAGAGACAGGCAGUACUUACUAUUUUUCCAUAAAGGAGCCAAAAAGACACGUUUUGAUCUAGAAAAAUACAAUCAACUCAAGGAUGCUAUUGCUCAGGCAGAAUUGGACCUUAAGAGACUUCGGGAUCCCUUACAGGUACAUCUACCUGUUCAACAAAUCAGUGAUAAAGACUGAUCGUCAGAGGAACCUCCGUAUUUUGACAGAAGUGGCAGAUCUUUUCAAGCUCUUGCCUCUUUCAUUAGAAAGCAUUUCAAGUGGAAGCUGGAAGGUCUUCUGGGGGUGGAGGGUUUUUAAAUCAUUAAAACAGAGACCUUGACUGGGGAAGGGGUAAUGUGUUCAGUCAAAAAAUAAUAAUAAUAAUAAUCAGGCACUGUGGAAUGCUAAGUCUUUUCAAAGGGCUUAAAGAUUGUCUCAUUCAAACGUUUUUUCUUUUGGAUGAAAAUAUAUAGAUUAUAAAGGUGGGCAUUUCAUGAAGAAAUUGUAUCGGGGACAUAUUUUUCCAGCUUUUGCAGUGUCUGCCUCUUGAAGAAGCACUAGCAGCCUGCUCAGCAUUUUUUUAAAAUCUCUUUCAAACUAUUGCACAAUAAUAGUGCGCUAAACAAAAGAAGGAAACAAUCAAGCCAUUUUAAGACACCAUGAUUGGUGAUCCAGAUUGAAGUAAACGUCUCCAUUAAUGUGCAACCCAAGAUUGGACCCUACUGUGUCUUUUUUUUGUUUUUGUUUUUGUUCUCUUUUGUUUUGUAACAGAAAUGCAAAAUUUCUUUUUACUCCACCAAAAAACAAACAAACACCUAAAACAUUUUCCUCCCUGUCUGUUUACUGUCAAACAAACUUUCUCCUUAUACUGAAAGAUUAUCAAUGUUAUCAGUUUUAUCCGGAUCACAAACUGAAUAAUUCUCGUUGUGAACAUUUGAACAUGGAAAUAUUCCCGCAUAUCUUCUUCAGCUUCACUGCCCUGAUCAACUUUUACACAUAAAUGGUGAUGUUGCAUGAGAAAAAAACUGUUCCUAUACAGUCUUAAGGGAGGAAUGUUUCGUCCCCACUACUCUUUCUUCCUCCAAAUAGACUAGUCCUCCGAAUUAAAGCAAAUCAAAGAGUUUGGGCCUACGGUAAUGCAUAUAUGUAUGCGGUAUUUGGCUUGAGAUCAUGACGCUUUUAUGUUUGCCUAGCAGAAUAACUAUGUCUUGAUAAGCAAAAGACUACAGUUGCACUUUGAUCCACAAUCCCCCCCUCUUCUUUAAGUAGCUUUAAAAGUACGGGCUGGUGCUGAAGGGUCAGGGUUUCUGCACGGUAGCAGAUGUAAUCCCUCCAUCCCUAAAGGGCAUGGGAGAAAGGCAGCGGUCUCCACCACCUGCUAGAAGCCCGAUGAUCUUGUCUAAGGAGAACUUACAACUUGUGCUAAACAGAAUCCAUGUCUGCCUUCGUUGUCCUUGUUUGAUAGAUCCUGGGAAGACAGGAUAAGAGAUGGAAGAAGGCCUCUGAGCUCCUUCUCACAAAGCUUGGAAUUUCCUUUCAGCUCACUCCUUUUCACUGUGUCAAGGCAAGAGGCUCCCACUUUCGGAGGAACUGUGUUUUAAAGUGUAAAAUAAAUAUAAACCAGACGCCAGGUGCCUUGCAAGAUGGGAUGGUCGCUCCUCCCUCGCCCUCAAUGGCAUGUUGAGCUGAAUGGAUGCAUGUUCCAAGAUGUUUUCCUCUUCCCACUUCCUUCCCGCCUUUCUCCUUUUAAUUAUGUGGCGAUUUUUUUUUUUAUUUAAGAGGGGGGAAAAAACCAAUAAAAAUUGUUAAAUUAUCUGUUCAUCCUCUUUGUAUGCAGCAUUUUAAAAAGGAAGAACGCAAACAGUCCUGUAGCAGAAUUCUCUUGAGUGUGUGUUUGGGGUGAGGGAGGGGGCAUGGAGAAAAGACCUUAAAAGAAAAACAAUAAAAUAAAAUAAUGAACAUGUGUACAAUCCUGUAUCAUUUAUUAAAUAUGUAUAAAAGAGAAAUGUACUUCUGGAACAAUAAAUAAUUAUUCUGUUUUUGAA